CUCGUUCCUCCUUGUCUCCACUCUAGUCUUUUCUUUACUACUUGUCUUAUUUACACCAUCGAAUCAUUUUCUACUUCAGCUUCGUGAAAGCAUAGAAUGGAAGGACAGCCCAUUCCCAUAACUAACGGGUUUACACUCCCUAGGUCCUUUGGUCGCUCCAUAGCAGCUCAGCUCAGCAGCGAUGGCGAAACUGAAAUCCCUUCAUUCAGUCCAAGCUCAUUUGGCUCGCUUACACCAAUUUCCCCUCCAAGUGCAUUUCAUCCACGAAAGAAAUACAUCAUUGGUGUAUGUGCAAUGGAUGACAAAGCUCGUUCAAAGCCCAUGCGUAACAUUCUGGACCGUCUGCUAAACAGUGGACCCUUCGAGGCUAUAAUCUUCGGCGACAAAUGUAUCCUUGAUGAAGAUGUCAAAGCAUGGCCAGCAUGCGACUUCUUUAUUUCGUUUUUUUCAAAAGGCUUUCCACUCCGCAAGUCUAUAGAAUAUGUUAAACUCAGAACACCAUUUUGUGUAAACGAGGUUGACAUGCAAACAGUUCUUUGGGACCGCAGGCUUGUGCUCGAAAUUAUGGACCAGAUCGGUGUACAAACACCUAAGCGGCUAACGAUGGAUCGCGAUGGCGGGCCUGCGUUGGAUGAGAGAGUUUUGCAAAAAUUGAAACUAAGAGGCGUAAGUGUUCCGAGCACUCGAUCAAAGCCAGAGUUCAAGAUCAUUGAUCAAGAUACAAUACAGAUCGGGGAUCAGAUCAUGACAAAGCCCUUCGUAGAGAAGCCUGUCUCUGGUGAAGAUCAUAACAUUCAUGUUUACUAUCAUUCUUCAGCUGGAGGAGGAGGGAGACGCCUCUUCCGCAAGGUCGCCAACAAAUCGAGUGAGUUUGACCCAGAUCUCAAUACGCCUAGAAUAGACGGAUCAUAUAUCUAUGAGGAGUUUUUGGAUGUUGACAAUGCUGAGGAUAUCAAAGUCUAUACUAUUGGCGACCAGUUUGUGUAUGCAGAGACUAGAAAAUCUCCUGUGGUAGAUGGGCAUGUUCGUAGGAAUACUGAUGGGAGAGAGAUUCGCUAUGUCGCCCAGCUCACGCCUGAGGAGAAAUCAAUGGCUGCAAGCAUCUGCAAGGUCUUUGGACAACGUGUCUGCGGAUUCGAUCUUUUGCGUGUGUCUGGCAAAUCCUAUGUUAUUGACGUCAACGGAUGGUCGUUUGUCAAAGGCAACAAUUACUAUUACAAUAAUUGCGCUAGAAUCCUUCAGGACGUUUUUUUGCGUAAUGCACGUCAACGCAAGCUGUCCGAAGUUGUCUUCCCCAGAGAACUCAGUGCUGAAAAUUCGUGGCGGCUGAAGGCAUUCGUUUCUGUCUUCAGACACGCUGAUAGGACGCCAAAGCAAAAGAUGAAGUUCACAUUCAGUUCAGCGCCAUUCCGGGAGCUUUUGAACGGUGGAGGUGAAGAAGUGAUCAUUCGGAAUGCAAAGGACCUGAAGCUGGUCUGUGCAGCAGCCGAGCAGGCAAUGGAAGAAGGGCUUGAGGACAGUAGUAGGUUGAUGCUGCUCAAGAAUAUCCUUGACAAGAAGUCAAAUUUACCAGGCACCAAAGUUCAAGUCAAGCCCACUAUUACCAAAGAUGAAGAAGGCAACUCCAAGUCAGUCAAGCUACAGAUUAUUGUCAAAUGGGGAGGGGAGUUCACACAUGCUGCUAAGUAUCAAUCCAGAGAUUUGGGUGACAAUCUCCGCAAAGAUCUACAGAUCAUGAACAAGCAAGUCUUGGACGAUGUCAAGAUCUUCACUUCUUCAGAGCGUCGGGUCCGUGCUACUGCUGAGUUGUUCACGCAGCGAUUCCUUGAUAUUAGAGAGGUUCCAAAAGAUAUGCUUUUAAUUCGAAAAGAGAUGCUCGAUGACAGCAAUGCUGCGAAGGAAAAGACUGAUAUCGUCAAGAAGGAGCUUCACGACCUGCUGCAGCCCGACAAUGCAGAUAAGAUUGCAAAGAUAUGGCCAAAGGGUGCGACAGAUCCAGGAGAAAUUGUGCAAGAUAUCAUUGUGACUAUGAGGAAACUUCGAGAGAUCAUGCGGAGGAAUUUCAAGAUCUUAGAUAUCGAUUCUAUUCAAAGAUCGUGGUGCUGCUAUGAAGAUCCAUCACUGUUUUAUGAGCGUUGGGAAAAGAUCUUUGGCGAAUUUGCGGAUGGAGAUCGUGAUGACUUUGAUCCAUCGAAGGUAUCGGACCUGUAUGAUUCAUUAAAAUAUGAUGCACUGCACAACCGGACCUUCCUAGAGAAAAUUUUUAUCGAUUCAGAGUCAGAUAGUGGUAUGGGACCUCUCAAGGACCUUUACUCCAAAGCCAAGAUCCUCUUCGACUUUGUGGCUCCACUGGAGUAUGGCAUCAGCGAGGAAGAUCGUCUCGAAAUUGGGCUACUGACUAGUAUGCCACUGAUCAAACAAAUUGUUGAAGACCUGGAGUCAUGCAAACGUCCAGAUGCGGCGCCAUGCACGCGCCUUUACUUUACAAAAGAGUCCCAUGUCCAUACCUUACUCAACAUUGUCUAUUUGUCGGGGAUCCCAACGCGCCUUAGCAAGAGCAAGAUCCCAGAGUUGGAUUACUUGACACAAAUCACAUUCGAAUUGUACGAAAGGAGUAGCCCUGUUAUGCCGGGUAAUGGGUCGAGGUUAAUGACUGGAUCGUCUCUCCAUGAUGAAAAUCAACACUUCCCCAGUUCGUCUCCGGAGUAUUCUCUGCGCAUCGGAUUCUCGCCCGGAGCAGGAAACCCCAAUAUUUUAGAUCUUCAUAUGGACUCAAAACACUGUCUCUCUGUUAUGCAGCGCCGCAACCUGACCGACCAUCUCCCUCUUGACGACGCAUUGCGGUACUACAAGACCCAGAUAGAGAACCCAAAGUACAGAAGUGUCAAUCGCCGGAUUCGCGAGAGUCGAAUGCUAGGGCACAGGCUAGUAGUGAACGAGAGCGAGGAGGAUACAAUUGAAGAUGAAACUCCUUUAAUGAUCAUAGGUUCUCCACCAGUAGAGCGUCCAGGGUUCGUGGAAAGGUUUUUUGAGCCAUAAAACACACGGCAACAGCAAC